AUGAGGAAAGAUGAGAUCGAAUCCGUUAAAAGACCUUUAUACAUGUAUUAUGAUAGCAAUUUCAUGAUAGACGAAACGGAUGGUGCGCUGGAAACGUCCGAGUUGAUACGGAAGUAUGGAUAUCCGAUCGAAACUCACAAAGUUAGCACAAGUGAUGGCUACAUUCUUUCACUGACACGAAUUCCCCCACGGAGUCAAUCAUCAAGACGGUCUCUCCCGGUUUUAUUAGUCCAUGGACUGUUCGCCAGCUCCGCUGAUUUUGUGAUCAUCGGUCCUAACAAUAGUAUCGCAUAUCUUCUGGCAGACAACGAAUACGAUGUGUGGAUGUUAGACGUACGAGGGAACCGGUACUCACGCCAUCAUGAACAUCUCGAUUCCCGGUCUAAAGAGUAUUGGGACUUCAGCUGGCACGAGAUAGGCUACUACGAUUUGCCGGCUACGAUCGAUCGUAUCCUGGAGCUGACUCAUUCCAAACGGCUGUACUACGUAGGUUACUCUCAGGGAACGACCCUGUUUUUUGUAAUGGCUACUACCCGGCCGGAGUAUAACGGAAAAGUGGCCCGUAUGUACGCUCUUUCGCCAGCCCUGUACGUGCAGCACGUCCGGAGUCCAAUCUUUCGUUGGCUAGCGGAAAAUGCAAGUGAUCUGAAAGCGUUGUUAGACACGAUUGGAAUAUGGCAGUUAUUUCCUCACAACUCAGCGCAGUACAAGAUUCAAAAAAUUCUCUGCCCUAGCCAUAAGAAACGUACCAUUUGCGCUCGAUUCGUGGAGCUACUAGUUGGACCCAAUCCAGGUGGAACGGACCAACUAGCACAGUAUAUUAUCUCUGGCCAUAAUCCUUCUGGAGCUUCGACGAAACAACUGUUACAUUUUGCGCAGCUCAAUCGUGCAGGGAGAUUCCAGCAAUUCGACUACGGCCAUCUCAACGAUAACCUCAUACACUACGGCAGUGAAACUCCUCCUGCAUACAACCUUUCGCUGGCCACUGUUCCGGUCGUGAUAUAUUACGGACUAAACGAUUGGAUGAUCCACCCCAGAAAUGUGAUUCGGUUGAAGAAUGAACUGGUCAAUCUGGUAUCGAUUAACGCUGUAGCAGACCUCAAUUUCAACCAUCUCGAUUUUAUUCUGGCCAAGCAGGUUCGAUCGCUGGUAUAUGACAAGAUACUGAAAGAUUUAGAGCAAUUGGAAGCUUAG